GGCUAGCCAGCCGCAGCUGGGGCCGCGGGGCCGGGCUCGCCGCCCUCUCCCUUCUCCCUUCUCCCUUGAGUAAUAGGGGCGGAGCCGGGCGGGCCGGCGCGCGGGGCUCCAGCCCCUCUCUCGGUGGUCACCUGCGGCCGGGCGCAGCAGGUGUCCGGUCUGCCACCCGGCGCUGGGAACUAGGAGCGCUAGCCAGGAGCCGCGGCACUUCGGAGUCGGAUUAUUGGGAAUUUGCCACUGGGGAUCAGCGCGGCAGCUGUGAGAAUCACGGGGAAGGGGAUCCGGCGGUUUAAACACUGUUGAAGAGACGUGACACAGCAGUGCAGUGUGCCAGCCUACGUUCCUGCUUUGAAGGGGACAAGUUCAUGACAAAUUGGGCCAGUAAAAGAAAUUUGUACUGAGCUUAUUCACAUAAGCAUUCUGGUAUGCCAGGUACCAAGAAUAAGAUCACUGAAGGCAGUAAAACUGAAAUUGGAAGAUUAUCAGCCAAGAAAGACCUACUGGCAAAAGCAGAGGAUGGGAAAUAAAGUGGAGCGGUGUUUGGUUGCAUGUACUCUAGCAGGCCUUCUGCAACUCAGCUGAAAACAUGACUGCCCCUUCUUCCGAGAACUGCUCUUUUCAGUACCAGUUCCGUCAAGCAAAUCAGUCCCUAGAUGGUAACUGUCUGCUAUUCUUGAUAAUACUCGGGAAAGUAUUACUCAAUAUCCUUACACUAGGAAUGAGAAGAAAAAACACCUCUCACAAUUUUAUGGAAUAUUUUUGCUUUUCACUAGCAUUCACUGAUCUUUUACUUUUAGUAAACAUUUCUAUUAUAUACUACUUCAGAGAUUUUGUACUUUUAGGCAUUAGGUUUACUAAAUACCACAUCUGCCUAUUUACUCAAAUUAUUUCAUUUACUUAUGGGUUUUUGCAUUAUCCAGUUUUCCUGAUAGCUUGUAUAGAUUAUUACCUGAAUUUCUCUAAAACUACAAAGCUUGCAUUGAAGUGUCAGAAACUGUUUUAUUUCUUUACAGUAAUUUUAAUUUGGAUUUCUGUCCUUGCUUAUGUUUUGGGGGACCCAGGGAUCUAUCAGAGCCUGAAGGCACAGAGCGUUUAUGCUUAUCACUGUCCUUUCUACAUUAGCAUUCAGAGUUACUGGCUGUCAUUUUCCAUGGUGGUGAUUUUAUUUAUGGCUUUUAUAACCUCUUGGUCAGAAGUUAUUGCCUUGGUACAGGCUGUUAAGAUGACUUCUUAUAUGAAUGAGACUAUUCUGUAUUUUCCCUUUUCUUCCCAUUCUAGUUAUACGCUGAGCUCUAAAAAAACACUCUUGCCCAAGUUCAUUAUCUGUUUUCUCGGUACCUGGUUACCAUUUGUACUACUUCAAGUAAUUAUCCUUCUACUUAAAGUACAGAUUCCAGCAUAUAUUGAGAUGAACAUUCCGUGGUUGUACUUUGUCAAUAGUUUUCUCAAUGCUACAGUUUAUUGGUUUAAUUGUCACAAGCUUAAUUUAAGAGACGUUGCAUUACCUGCAGAUCCGUUUGUCAACUGGAAAUGCUGCUUCAUUCCACUUACGAUUCAUAAUCUUGAGCAAAUUGAAAAGCCUAUAUCAAUAAUAAUUUGUUAAUGUUGCCAUGUGAAAACUAAUUCAAACUGACAACUACAUUUUACAAAUGGGAAAGAAUGAUGACUCAGGAUAUAUAAAGAUUGAAAUGAUUUCCCCCCACCCCCACCCCCUCCUGCCCCAACUUUCAUACCUUUUCACAAUGUGUCUUUUGGGACUACAGUAUCAAAAGCAAGAUAAUUCCAAGAAAAAUGUUUAGGCCUGUUCUGGAACACUGUUACAAAUAGGGAUGUAACAAAGAAGUAAAACGAGUUAAUUCUUGGCCAGGAAUACUGGUUUUGUGUUACCCAGUUUGCAACUACUGGAUACAAACUGUUAUGUAAAUCUGAGGUUCACUGCCAAUAACAUACAAAUGUAAAUAAACCAUUUUUAUUCAGA